AUGGAAGGUUAUACAGCUGUAAUUUCUCUUCUUCAAACUCUUGAGCAACUACGGCAGAGCCGUCCAGACCUCAUUCAAGGUAAAAUGGUUAAAACGAUCGAAUCCCUUAUUGUUACUGCUGAAUAUUUUCAAAAUGUUGUCGAGGAAACUAGCAAGAGUAGAUUUGAUGUAGAAACAAUCAAAUCUUUGGAGGAAAAAAUAAGAGCUUCUGCUAGUUAUACAGAAGAUGUUGUUGAGCUGACGAUUUAUCAAAUCAUCGAAGGCUUAAGCUGGACAUUUGGAAUUGCACCUACAAGUUUACUACACAAGAAUUUGCUAUCAGUUGUUGAAAAAAUCGAUACACAAAAGAAUGAAGUGAUGGAGGUUGUUUCUGAGUUUACCACAAGCACUCAUGAUGAUCAAAUUCUUGAAUGCGAUGGGUAUUCAAGCAACGCAAUACUGCAACAUUCGGAAGAUGAUAUUGUGCGCGGACUUGAUGAUGACCUGGAGAUAAUAGUUGAAAGACUGACAGGACAGUUGUCAGAUCUAGACAUUGUCACAAUAUCAGGCAUGGGUGGCAUCGGGAAAACAACACUCGCUAGAAAAGCUUAUGAUCACCUAAAACUCAGGUAUCAUUUUGACAUUCGUGUAUGGAUUACAAUAUCUCAAGAAUAUGGAAGAAGAAGUGUGUUGUUAGAGGCUUUACAUUGCAUUUCAAAGCAAACAGAUAAUGCCAUAAAAAAAGAUUAUGAUGUAAAGGAUGACAAUGAGUUAGCCGACCUGGUGCAGAAAAGCCUAAAGGGUCGAAGAUACCUUGUUGUUGUUGAUGAUAUUUGGAGUACGGAUGUUUGGGAUAGCAUAAGAGGUAUAUUUCCUGAUUACAACCGUAGGAGUCGAAUCUUAUUGACUACUAGGGAAACAAAGGUAGCAAUGUAUGCAAAUCCUAUUAGCCCUCAUGAGAUGAACCUCUUGAAUUUAGAGAACAGUUGGAAGUUGCUUUGUGAUAAGGUGUUUGGACCAAAUAAUUGUCAUCCUCCUGAGUUGGAAGAAAUUGGAAAGAAAAUAGCGGAAAAAUGCCAAGGACUACCCUUAACAAUUUCAGUGAUUGCAGGACAUCUUUCUAAAGUGUCUAGGACAUUAGGAAGUUGGAUGGAUGUUUCCCGAACCUUAGGUGAAAUCAUUUCUAGUCAUCCAGAUAAAUGCUUAGGAGUGCUCGGUUUGAGUUAUCACCACUUGCCUAAUCACCUCAAACCUUGCUUUCUUUCUAUGGGUAGUUUCCCAGAGGACUAUCAUGUUGAGACUUGGAGAUUGAUUCACUUAUGGAUCACACAAGGUUUUAUAAGGAGGUCUGGAAGUGAUGAAAGCUUGACUGAAGUGGCGAGAGAUUAUCUGGAGGAUCUUAUCAGCAGGAAUUUGAUAAUGGUUAGAAAAAAGAGAUUCAAUGGUGAGAUAAAAGCAUGUGGAAUGCAUGAUCUACUGCGUGAAUUCUGUUUGACGGAAGUUGAACUGACACAGUUUAUGUAUGUUGAGACAACUAAAGUAGUCCCUACUGUUUCUGCACAGAGGCAUUUCAGUUUUCAAAAUUCAGUUAUUCAUCUUUUCCAUCUAUUCCCAUCAGUUGCCAGAUCUAUCUACUUAUUUCCUGACUUUACGUCCAGACCAGACAUUGACGAUUUCUCCCAUUUCAAGCUUCUCAGGGUAUUGGCAGUAUUCAAUGAAUAUAAUUGUUUUCGUUCAUUUCCACUUGUAAUUACCAAACUAUUUCAUCUCAGAUACCUCCAAAUUCGAUGUGAUGACAAUCCUCCUGCAUCAAUCGCAGAGCUUCAGAAUUUGCAAACUCUAGUAUAUGGGAGAGAACGCGGUUAUACAACUUUACCAGAGAAGAUAUGGAUGAUGAAGAACUUGAGGUGUAUACAUAUAAGGGAAGCCUUCUAUUUACCUAGUCCGGGAAGAAAAAGUAUCCUAAAUAAGCAUCUUGCGAUAGGGAUGCCAAAUGUAGAGGAACUUUAUAACCUCUCUAUCACCAGUUGUACAAACAAAGUCUUUUCUAACAUUCCCAAUGUAAAGAGAUUGAUUCUCCAAAAUAAUGCUUUACUGAGAACCGGGGAUAGGGCCAAUCCCCUCGUUGAUACGUCCAGCUUAACAAAACUCGAAGCAUUGAAGUUUGUCAAAAGAUUGUCUUGGUCUGCGCGGGCAUUGAUCUCCAUCAGGUCAUUACCAAUAUCACUUAAGAGGUUGACUUUAGCUGGCUGGCAUAGUUUUCAUUGGACAGACAUAUCAGCUCUUGUUAUGUUGCCAAAUCUUGAAGAGCUCAAACUUAAAAACUAUGCAGCCAAUGGUUAUGUAUGGAGAUUGAAUGAUGAAGACAAAUUCCAAAGCCUAGAGCUUUUGUUAUUUUGCAACAUAAACGUUGAGCAUUGGGAAGCUAGCAGUGAUAACUUCCCAAAUCUAAAACGCCUUGUUCUGAAGGAAUGCAGAAAACUUAAGGAAAUUCCAAUAGAUUUUGGAGAAAUUUGUAGUUUGGAGUCAAUUGAGUUACAUAAUUGCAGCACUCUUGCUGAGGAAUCUGCAAGAAAGAUUGAACAAGAACAAGAGGACAUGGGAAACAAUUGCCUUAAAGUCUACAUCAAUAUAUAACA